AUGGUUUGGGAGGGGCAUCACCUGGUCGACUCCGCCCACCACCUCAGCAACGACGAGCGGAAGACAAUCAAGUAUCAAUUCCGAGAGCUUCCCGAGGUGCUCAAUGCCGUAGGGACCGUGAGGGCCCUGCCGCCCAAGCUUGGGAAGUCGGCCAGCCAGCCGUUCUCGGAUGAUGGCCCGACGGAGCCCCGGAGCUCCACCCCCCGCUUGGCCAAGACAGGAGGCAUCUCCGGUCGGCUAGCGCGCUCGGAAAACAACCUCACGCGUCUGGCUGGUACCGUCACAGCCCGCCACCACCUCUGCGAAGCUACCAAGAGCCAACCGCAGCUUCUUUGGGACGCUUGGAUGCCUUAA